CCUCUCAAAAUGCCACCUCGCAACGGUGUUCAAGGAUACGUCUCUUUCCCGCAAGUACCGUCAGGACGGACCACAACGACUAUGUGUCCGUCUGAGCCAGGUCUGAAUACAUCAUGCAGCUCAAUAAAGCCCCCCUGAGAAACACCGAUGAAAGAAAGAGCUCCACGCACCGAUCACACAGCGAUGGCAUAUACGAGCAUGACACCCCUUCGAGCAACACGACACCCCCUCGUGUGCCCGACUGCCACGAAAAAAUUCUGCGAUCAGGCAUUGCGAUCAGGCGUUGAACGAACGGACGAUCCGCACAGCAAUCACAGUGAUGGCAUAUACGAGCACGACACCCCUUCGAGCACGCGACACCCCCUCGAGCAGCACGCACGACACCAUCGAGCACACGACACCCCCUCGUGUGCCCGACUGCCACUAGAAAACUGCGAUCGGGCAUUGCGAUCAGGCGUUGAUCCACACACCAAUCACAGAGCGAUGGCAUAUACGAGCACGACAUCCCCUCGAGCAACACGACACCCCUUCGUGUGCCCGAGUGCCACUUAGAAAUUCUGCGAUUCACACACCAAUCUCUCUCAUAGGACCAUCGAAUCCUCACAGACCCACGCAUGGACUCUCUUUGCCUGCCACAGAGCUGCGCGAAAAAAGCCCCAUCGCCAUCGCUUCAGUCAAGUCAACCCAAAACAACGCACCGCCACCAAAGCACCUCCAUCAAAACGGGACAGCGCGAGAGCAAGGCCAAGAAACCAGUACGAAAAGAAGGCAGAGCGGUGGCAUAUAUGAGACACACGACGCCCCUCGUGUACCCGAUCCACACACCAAAUCUCUCUCAUAGGCCCAUCAAGCUUUCAGCGACGGACCACUUGUGCGCAUACUUAGGCACCCUGUCGACCGCGAAGCGCACGCAGGCCGCCACCCACGACACCCAAUUGCUCGAUCAUCUUCUCCAAUUCCUGUAAGAAACAAGAGCACACACCGCACAGCGCAUAAAGUUCCCUGUCACUAAGAGGGAAAAGACAACGCUGACCUCAAUGCGAUCCUUGAGCUCUUGGAUUUCCUGGUGGGCGCCCUUCUCGUCGGGCACCCACAGGACGCGCUCGGCCAUCCUGUGUCGGUCACAAACAGAGGCCAUGAAAUGCGUGUUGGCGACACAGUAAGGGCUCGCGUGUCUCCUCCUUACUCGGGGAUUCCUUCCACUUCGCGCACUUCUAGCGUCUCGGCAUCGAUGAUGGCCAGGCCGAAGGUGUUGAACUCACUGCAUUCACACAAACACCGCACAUGUGUACAUCAGCACACCGACCACACCCGGUGGUGUCGGUGCGCCAGUACAGCUAUGGUGCGUUGCUUACUCGUCAGCAAGGGUUGUAGCAAUCCACGGGCCACCGCGCUCCACAGCUCGGUACUGGUUGCCAGGGCCGAGCUCUGAGAGAAGAAGACAGACCAGAGAAAUGAAAAGACCGGCAGGUGUCUCGGCUGAAGUUUCGCAUGCACCCACCAAGGAUCUCAUAAGGGGACUCUUCACCGUCAAUCAGAGCGGUCAUAUCAAGCACAGCAAUGCCCUCACGCUCAAGGCCCACAAACGCCUGUGUGUCAUUUCGUCAAAAGCAAUCGUCUGUGCCUGCCCUUGUUUGUAGUGCAUGUGCAUAGCACUUACCAGCCAGUGCGACACGUUCUGAGGGUCCGGGUGGGUGUUGUAGAAUGCAACCUUCCAGGGCCUAAGUCACAAAACCACGAGAGAGAUCGAAAAUGAGGCAGUCUUGGUGGCGUGAGAACAAGAGAAAGAGCUCAUCACACAAGAGUCGUCGGGUGUCCUUACUCAGGCAGCGUCACCGAAAAGACCUCAGUCUCGGCAUCGCGACUGGUCUUGCGAAGAAUGUGAGUCUUGUUCUCACGGCGGUCCCCUACGAACACGAGGUCCCCGGCGUCAGGCACGGCGUAGGUCGCUCCGUUCAUAGGCGCGUGACGGAACAACGGCUCGAGAGUUUCGGCAUCCACCUCCCAAAUAGCGCCUGAACAACCAUUCCAACCACACGGUUUCAGAGCUUCACUGGUGGCGUGUACAUGUAUGUCGAGGUGUGCUUACGCUCGUCAGCCGGUUUGGUGCACUCGACAACGAGGACGUUGGCGUCUUUGAAGACCGCAAGGUCGUGGGUUCCGAGACAGCCGACACCAGACUCGUCGAUAGGGUCAGACAUAUUAAUGAACCUGACGUAGUCUUUGUUCUCCAAAUCCAUCUCGUGGAUGCCAGGGUCCACUGCAGUGACAAGCACGAUAAUGUGACCGUUGAGUGUCACAUGCAGGAGCCUUACAGGACGUAGUGGCGAAGGCCAUGGAUCCCCACUGACAAAAAAAAAGGGAGUAGCCAGACACAAGUGAGCACAUCGUACGAGGACAGGAACCUUUGUUAGUGAUAGUGCUUGUGGAUCCACGUGUCAGGCAUACCUCAGAGUCGAAGAGGAACUUUCCGUGGCUCGGGGUCUCAUUGUACGCCUUCACUCCGGGGUAGUGCAGCUCAGUGAGAUCCUGCGUGCAGGACAGAACGUAGCAAACUCGGCGUAACCGACGAUCGAGGCCAACACACAUCACAUACCUGGAGGCUCAGGACGUCAAACUGGCCUUCAUAGUCCGAAUGCGACCAGACCUGUCAUGCACCGCACCGCACAUUGUAUUGCAUCGCACAUAUGACACCACACAACGAACGGGUGGACGUACCUCGCGGCGGAAUGGGACGUAAUAAAUGUGGUAUGGGCGCUCGCCAACCUACAAGCCACGAGCAAAUCCUUGAUAUCGCAAGAAGGGUGUAUCUUUCUCUGGAACGUACGAGCAUUCUAGAAUGGAUGGAAACCGGAUCCGUGUUGAACACGUACAGCUCGCUGUCGCCCUCUUCGUUUCGCUCGGUGAUCACGGGGUAUCCGUCUGCGUACACGGGGUCGCUCCACAGCUCAGCAUCGAGGGCAAGACGGUUCACAACUCUGAAAAGAGUCCAUGUCACAUCAUUGUGAGGUGUGCUGAGUGACCUGUGCCAGCAUGGCCCUCUUGCCUGUCCUGGGUACUUGAUACCUGGCGCUGACAGGGUCGACCACAACGAGAGUCUUGUUGCCCCAAACCCAGAAAUGGCCUGCAGGAAGCGAAAGUGAGAGACAAGCAAGAGUGUGAGGCAAGCAAAAUCUGAGCGACAAGGGGUCCUUCCCUCCCUCCCUCCCACCGUGCGGCUCCAUCUGGCUGGCUUCGUCGCCAUUGUAUCCACCAUGCGUUACAGUUGCCAACAGGAUGAAGCAGAAGACUCGAGCGAUCGAUAGAGUCAUGGUGCCUUUGCUGUUUGCAGAGGGGACAAAGAUCUUCCUGCCCUCAACAGUCGGACAACAGUCGGAGCGACGGACAGCUGGGAGCGACGGAGGGAAGGCCAGAUAUGCGGACAACAGCCUCCCGGAGGUGGAUCCCAAAAGAGACGGGACAGGGGGC